AUGCCCGAUCGAACCUUACCCGACAUUCUUAUGCCGGGCAAUGGCGGCUCUGCGAGUCCUCGGCCUUGGGGAAAUGGUGCAGGAUCAAAUUCACAAACAAACUCGCCCAUAUCUCCCAUUGAAGGACACUUACCAUUUGAACGAGCGCCUCCAGGCGGUACUCCGUUAGCGAACGCCGCUCCUGCGCCCUCUGCACCUGCACCUCCUGCACCUCCUGCGCCCACAUAUCAGCCAGACAGCCGUGUUGGAAGAAAUCCCUCCGAUCCCGACGGACAAGAGUUUGAUGAACAGCGUGACAUUUCAGCACCAAGGGAAAGGUCUCGACCCAAUCGACGGACCUGCAAGAAGUGCGGUGAACCUCUGACCGGACAGUUCGUGCGCGCUUUAAACGGGACGUUUCAUUUGGAAUGCUUUAAAUGUCAUGACUGCGGAAAAGUCGUUGCUUCCAAGUUCUUCCCCGUCGACGCCGAAGACGGUAGUGGACAAUACCCAUUGUGUGAGACCGAUUAUUUUCGAAGACUGAAUCUCCUGUGCCAUGAGUGUGGUGGUGCUCUAAGAGGCUCCUACAUCACAGCCCUCGAUCGCAAAUAUCAUAUUGAGCAUUUCACCUGCUCCGUCUGUCCAACAGUCUUUGGUGCUCAAGACUCCUACUACGAACAUGAAGGAAAUGUAUACUGUCAUUAUCACUAUUCGACCCGAUUCGCCCAAAGGUGUAACGGGUGUCACACCGCGAUCCUCAAACAGUUCGUCGAAAUCUUCCGCAAUGGCCAGAACCAACAUUGGCACCCGGAGUGCUAUAUGAUUCAUAAAUUUUGGAAUGUGAGGCUAGCACCGGCCGGUCAACUUCUCGACAGUUCCACAUUAGAUAAUGAAGCAACAGAAGCUGACCGUGAAAAAAUCCGCAAACGGGAAGAACAAAUGGAAGAGAAGGUGUACAAAAUUUGGAGUAUUCUGUCGACAUUUGAGGAAUCUUCGGCUGCUUGCAUCUCCGAGAUGCUUCUCCAUGUCAGCAAUGGGGCUUACGUGGAUGGAGUUUUAGUCGCCAAAAGUUUCAUUUCGCAUGUAGAGAUUCUUUUUGCAGCCAUCGAUAUGUUGGCUACUUUGUUGAAGGAGCAGGGCUUGAAAGAUCUAUCAUAUGCGCGCGAGGCAAAGCUGUUAUGCAAGAAAAUCGUCGCUUUCUUCUCGCUUCUAUCAAAGACACAAGAAACUGGAGUGAGGAAGCUGGGCGUAACACAAGAACUUCUCUCUUUAGUUACUGGUCUCGCCCAUUACCUUAAGCUUCUCAUUCGCAUAGGUUUGCAAGGUGCUUUGAAGCUCGAAAGAGAAAAGGAUACAGUUCAAGGCCUUUUUGGAUUCCUGAACCAUCUCGAGCACAGCCUUCAAGGCCUCAAACUCGCUGAAGAAGGACCGACAGAUCUUAUGGCUGGUGUCACUGUUUUGGCGGAUCAGUACUCUGAUUGCUGUACAGCAUGUAAAGAACCUAUCGACGACGCGUGCAUCAUACUAGAUGACAAGAGAUGGCACACCAAGCCCCCUCACCUUGCUUGCAGUCAUUGCCAAAAGGAUCUUACCGUGGAUCUUCCCGAGGCCGUGUGGAGUGAGAAGGAUCAGCGUCCCUAUUGCAAUAACUGUGCUUUUAGUCUAGGACGAGCACCGGAUGCCCAAGCCGGAUUCAAGAACGUCACCAAGCUUGUCCAGUACGUGUUCUUACUGCAGGUCGCUCUUGCCAGGCUUCUCUCCGUAUUACGAUCUAGUGGUACCCUUCCCCACAGUACAGACGAUCCUAAUCUUAACGACUACGAUGCAAAUGAAGGCCAUCGCGUGGAACCCUCUGCUGGAUUAACAGCAGCCAAUCCUAGAGCAGCAAACACCCGCUCACGGUCUUUUACGGGGGCUUCCAAGAGUGAAGAGUCUUCAUCUCUAGAGCAGACUGUUGGUGAGAUGCGUCGACUGAGGUCUAUUCGCAAUGAAAGAACCUUGUCUACUACUUACAAGAGAGCUCGAGCAUCGAGAAUCAUUGACGGCCCCCAAGGAAGCAGUGUGCGCCCGGGAUCUUCAGGUGGCGAUGGUACUGAUCCAAGGAAUCCUGGUUUUCAAAUUAUUGAAGAGAAAGAUUCAAAUGGAGAACCAGUGAACGAGUUACAUUUUGGUGCGCAAGAUGCACUGACUUUGGACGAUAUCCCUCGGAUUGUAGCAGCUGAACAAGCCAAAGAGCAGCGACCUAACGCGUCGAGAUAUGCUGGGACUAAUCUCGUCGGUGCGGACGAUUACCAGGCUAGGUUUGUUCCAGGUCAUCAACGAGAAGUGUCUGGCGGUCAAGACCAAAUUCCUAUUGAUGCUACUGGAAUGAAGGCGAAGAAAUACUUUUCAGAACUAUCAGCUCUUGAGUAUUUUAUUGUCAGACAUGUUGCGGUGCUUUCCAUGGAACCACUUUUGGAAGGUCACUUUAAUCUGGAGGAGCUGCUGUCGUUGAUCGAGUCACGCAAGCCUACUGUUUGGAACCUCUUUGGACGUGCAUUCAACAAGGAGGGCAAGAAGGUCGGCAAGAAGAAGGGUAUCUUCGGUGUCAGUCUGAACAGCCUUGUCGACAAAGAGGGUGCCGAAUCCACACAUGGAGUUGGUCCAGGUGCUCUACGAAUCCCUGUUCUUAUUGAUGAUGCUGUAUCGGCAAUGCGUCAAAUGGACAUGUCGGUGGAGGGCGUUUUCCGAAAGAACGGCAACAUUCGACGAUUGAAGGAGCUCGCAGAGCUGAUUGACAACAAAUACGAACAAGUCGACCUCAAUAGAGAGAGUCCAGUCCAGGUGGCCGCUCUAGUGAAGAAGUUCCUUCGUGAGAUGCCAGAUCCUCUUUUGACAUUUAAACUCCACCGUCUUUUUGUUAUUUCACAGAAAAUUGCGGACGCUGAAAAAAGGAAACGCAUAUUACACUUGACCUGCUGCUUACUACCCAAAGCUCAUCGGGACACUAUGGAGGUCCUCUUUGCUUUCCUUAGCUGGGCGGCUUCAUUUUCUCAUGUCGAUGAAGAGUCUGGCAGUAAGAUGGAUAUCCACAACUUGGCCACCGUCAUGACACCAAAUAUUCUAUAUCCAAAUACGAAAAUGGCCAGCAUGGACGAGAGUUUCUUGGCUAUCGAGGCAGUUGCUUCUCUAAUUGCAUACAACGAUGUCAUGUGCGAGGUUCCCGAGGAUCUUCAGUUGAUUCUCAACGAUACUAGUUUCUUCAAGGACAGUGCCGAUAUCACGACCAAAGAGAUUCUCAAGAGAUAUGGUGACUUUGGCAAGGGUGUUGUCGCUCAACGAGUAACGCCAAGUAUCGAAAACAGCUCCGGCUCUGCCCGUGGCAACAACACACCCGUCACUGCUCGCAUUGAAACCGAUCCUUCCCAAGCAGCAGCAUGGCAGAUGCAGAGCUCUGUACGACAUGUCCAAGCGCCAGGAGGGCCAGCGUAUACAGCAAUGCCUACCAAUCAUCAUGGCGAGAAUGGUGCACCAGAACAAUACCGCGCUCGAAGUGCUAGUGCUGGCAGUCAGAGACAAGCUAUGCCACAGUCCGAUGCGGAGCCCCUUCCAUACCGUCCUCAUCCCGGUACAGGUCCCAUGGGCGUAGCUGGUUAA